UCCUACCUCAAAUCACAACUCGAAUCCUGUAACCCGAAUACUAACCCGAAUCCUAACUCGAAUCCUAACCCGAAUCCCAACUCGAAUCCCAACUAGAAUCCUAACCCGAAUCCUAACUCGAAUCCUAACCCGAAUCCUAACUCGAAUCCAAACCCGAAUUCGAAUCAUCCUACUAACUCGAAUCCUAACUCGAAUCCUAACCCGAAUCCCAACUCGAAUCCCAACUCGAAUCCUAACCCGAAUCCUAACCCGAAUCCCAACUCCAAUCCCAACUCCAAUCCCAACUCCAAUCCCAACUCGAAUCUCAACUCGAAUCCUAACUCGAAUCCUAACCCGAAUCCCAACUAG